AUGCCUCCGCGCAAGCGUGCCGCCGACGCGGUGACGGAGGAGGACGGCAAGCGCUUUCGCAGCGCCAUCGACGAGAUGGCCGAAGAAUUUGUCUGCCCGAUCACGCAGGAGCUUCCCGUCGAUCCCGUCACCGCUGAGGACGGGCGCGUGUACGAGCGGAGCGCCAUCGAGGCGCACAUCAAAGGGCGCAGCGCGGAGGCACUCAAGUCGCCGAUGACCAACGAGCCGAUGGGCCCGCGGCUCUUCCCGGCGGUGCAGGUGCGCAACAAUAUUGAGCGCAUGAUCAAGAGCGGCGCGAUUGGCGGCGACAAGGCGGCGGCGUGGAAGCAGCGGAUCGAGGAGGAGAAGGUGGUGGCGAAGACGCGGACAGAGGCAGAGGGCGGCGACGCUGUCGCGAUGUCGAGCCUGGGCUUUUGGUACAGGGACGGAAAGCACGGGCUGCAGGUCGACCAGAAGCAGGCCUUCGAGUGGUUUGAGCGGGCGGCGGAGCUGGACGACCCGCGAGGCCUCACAGCGUGCGCUCGGAUCUUGCUCGAAGGCCGGGGCGUCUCGGUCGACACCGCGCGAGGUUUGGUCAUGCUCGGCCAGGCCAUCGGACAGGGGUCGGAGCAGGCUUGCUACUGGAUGGGGCGAAUUCACCAACGCGGCUGCCACGGGCUCAAGAUGGACGACAAGCAGGUCGCUCGCUGGUUCCGUAAGAUGCCAGGCUGCUCGUUCAAGAACGGCUCCGCAGACUCCCGCGACAAUGCGACCAAGUGGCUGCGCGAGCACCCAAGCGCCUGA